GCAGCAGGUGCCCGCCUCCAGCUCCUGGCAUUCAUCUCCCUGUGCGGUCCGCCUGCGCCGCCCUCUCCCCCCCCUGUGGGCACGCAUCACACAUGCAGCGGAGGAGGUGGGGGUGGGAACAGAUCGCAGAGACUGCCACACAGGUCACACAGACUGCAGAACAGUAGCAGGGCGUCUGGCCACACACAGGACUGCUCGCCUCUCUGCCGAGGAAGGCCCCAGUGCCAUCCAGCAUGCCAGGCCCUGUGCCGCAUCUGAACGUGGGAAGAAAACACUGGUUUCAUUCCUUCCAGGACAGUUAAAAGGGACAAGUCGGGGGAGGGGGGGCAGGGGGGAGAGAGAAAAGGACGGAUAGCUGUAUUUGGAGUUCCUGCCUCUGCCUGAUCCCAUGCAGCUGGAUUCCUGGGAAGUCAGAAACAUCUGGCCACCGGACCCAUCUCUCCACAGGAGCUGCAGUGGAUUCUGGGCAGCGACCCAAGAACUGAAGACUCUGCAGCCGUAAGGAGCUGAGAGGAGGGGGGGGGGUGUCACUGGGGGUCCCCCCUAAGAGGGAAGAGCUCCCUAUCUCCACGACACAGACUUGGACCCAGGUCCUGACCGGGGAGGCUGGUGAGAGGGGAUUCGGAGACCCCCCCCAAAAAAUGGGCGAGCCAUGGGACUACCUCACCGACGGAAGCCCCCUCAUCAAGGCGGCCCACCUGGGCAAGCUCCGGCUGGUGCGUCUAUUGGUGGAAGGCGGGGCCCAGGUCAACGAACGCAACCAGACGGGUGAAACGCCGCUGCUGGCGGCUUGCAAAGCCAGGCAGGGGGACCAGCCGGUCACCAGCCAGCUGAAGCUGCUGAGCUACCUGCUGGACCACCAAGCCGACCCCAACGGCCAGGACAGGACGGGGCGCACCGCCCUGAUGUACGCCUGCAGGGAGAAGGCGGGGCCCGAGGUGGCGGCGCUCCUGCUCGACCGCGGCGCCGACCCCAGCCUGGAGGACUACGCGGGCGCCUCGGCGCUGGUCUACGCCGUCAACGCCAAGGAGAAGGCCACCCUGCAGGUGCUGCUGGAUGCCUGCAGGGAGAGGGGCCGGGACAUCAUCAUCAUCUCCAAAGACCUCACCGCUCGGGGCCACGCCGUCACCAAGAGGUACCUGAACGUGCCGCCCUCCCCGGACGACGAGGGACACUCCUCGCCGGAUUCCUGCACGUCUCCCUCGGAGAUCGAGCUCCAGACGGGCUCCCCCAGCUCCGAGGCGGAGGGAGGGAACAUCUUCGACUUCCGGGGGACCAGCAAAAGAGGGGCGCCGGCCCCGCUGCGAGAGAACGCGUGCGCUCGGCCCAAACUGGACAGCUGGGCGGGCAAGAACCACCGCCUGCGAUCGGAGCCCUGGCUGGAGAUUCACAACCUGACACACCUGCAGGACGCGUACGAGGAGAGCCUGAGGGGUGGAGGAUGGGCGCAGGAGGAGAAGGAGGAGGAGGAGGAAACGGAGCAGGGGCAGCUGGAAACCGAACUACGGGUCCUGGCAGUGUCGAGAAGAACCUCCUGCUCCAAGAGCACGGAUUCCGCACAGGUCUCCUCCUCCGAAACCGCCCGGGCCCGAACCCCAGCCCCCGAGACGAGCAAGUCGCCCAGGAGAUCCUCCAUCGAGAAGCUGCCCACAUCCACCAAAUCCAGGGUGCUGGGCCGCAGGAACACGCUGACCGCCGCUCCGGACCGACCCCUCCUGCAGCUGCCCCACCUGGCCCCAGACCCCUGCUCUUCCGAUUUGCACCUUCAGCCCGGUAACAACGUGGAACCCACCCCAGUGGAAACCCAGGGCAGCAGGCAGGCGCCAGGCAGAAAGGGCCAGCUCUCGUCCGCGCCCGGCCGGAGGUCCCUCUCCAUCGAGUCCACUGAGGGCUCCCAGGGUGUCUUCGCUGGUGACGUAACCGGGAAAAGACGACUCCCCGAGAGGCGGCCACAAGAGGGCGCCAUGCCGUCCGGCUCCCAGGCGCGAUCAAGCUUCCUCCCGCCCCUCCCUUCGGGUCCCUCCCCGGCACCUGCCGGGCUCAGACCUCCUGCCCCCACAGAGAAGCCUCCCUGGCGCCCGCUCUGCGGCUCCAGGUUUGCGGCCGGCCAGGAGAAAAGGGUACAGCGUCGACACUCCAUCCAACUGGAGCAGAUGAAGCAUCCGGGCAGCUACGAGGAGAUCCUGCUACUGUGAGAAAGGGGGAGA